AGGAAGCGCAGCAAGAAAAGAGCGCCUUGCUCAAAAGUGGAGACGUUACGUGAAGUAUCCUCCUCGCCACUGUUACAAUGAGUUUCUCCCCUGGUCCGUCUGAUCCCCUUGGAGGUACCAGUAUCCAGGAGCAGAGGGAACGCUGGGACAGAAAGCGCAGUCGGACAGCCAGAGAGUUGGUGCAGACAGAACAACGCUACUGCCGACAGCUGGAGCUGGUCACCACUUACUUCGUGGAGAUCUUGAAGGCCAAAGGAACCCUGAGGCAUGACAUUAGAGAAAGCAUCUUCAGUUCAAUUAAAGCCAUUCAUUCAGUAAACCAAUCUCUUCUGGUCCAUUUGGAGAACGGCUACUUUGGCCCUGGCUUCGACCAGUUCUGUCCACAUCUGCACCACUACAGCACGUAUGCGGACAACAUCUAUAAUGCCAGCAAAGUGCUUGGGAUUCAGCUGAAGAAAAACAAGGCCUUCAGACGUUUUAAGAAACUACAGGAAGCCCGACCAGAAUUCAACAACCAGAAGCUCGAGGACUUGCUUCAACUUCCCAUUCAGCGGAUUGAUCAGUAUAAACAUUUCCUACAGGACCUCGCCGCCAACACAAGUCCAGACAACCCAGAGUUUCAGCAGAUAUCAAGAGCGGUGACUGAAGUGUGUGCGGUGUCCCAGCGAAUCCAAAAGAAUGUCCAGUGCCAUGAGAAUCACCUGCAGCUCUGCCGGGUGCAGAAACUGCUGAAAGGGCGAAAGACGAAGGUGUUGGCUGCAGGGAGGUGGUACAUCCGUGAGGGCUGGCUGAAGAUGGUUCCUCCUAAAGGUGCAGAUGCUAAGCCCAAGAUGUUCUUCCUGUUCUCUGACGUGCUGCUGCAGGCCAAGCGCUGCAGCCCCCUGCAUCCGACCAAUGGAGAAAAGUUUGCCGGCCAGCAUGCCUACCCCCUGCAGGACUGCACUGUGGAGAAGGUGUUUGGCCACACGAGGAGCAAGGGAGGCCUGCUUAGCCUAACCUUCCCCAAAGCCAAACUUCUGCUGAUGUCCAGCAACCAGGAGGAUCUCAAUGACUGGUACCAGAGCCUGAGCUCAGCUGUCAGGAAGCUGCAGUCUCAGACAGUCGUACAUCAGAGAGAUGAGUUGUGCCGGAGACCCCUGCGCUCAGCCGCCAGCAACCACAGCACACCAAGCAGCAGCAGCAACCCCAGCAGAAAGAGAAACAUGGCGAGCACUGAGGCCAGUGAGCGUGCUCAGAAGCCUGCCGCUGAGUGGGAGAGCAGCCCCCCCAAGAGGAUGAAGCAGCGUGAUGCUCCAGAGCAGAGUGCGGAAGCGUCCACUUCCAGUUGUGUGAUCCUCUGAUGGACUUCUUCUUCAGACCCCCUGAAUGGAAUUGACUCUGAGAUGAUAGUGGAUCCUGCGUGGUCCGUCUGAAAGCUUCACCUCUUAAACUCUCAGACAGACCAGACCGACUUCUGUGUUCCAGUUUUGCCAAACAUGACACGCAUGCAACCAUACGUCUGUGCUUCUAACAGCUCCUUUUUUAUUGUGCUUUUUAACACGUGGAGUCAGGAGACGUUCGGAUGAUUACUCACAGCAGCUUCAGCCUCUGCUCGUCCUGUGCAAUACAAACUUUAUCUUGAUCCACCGCUUCAAAGACCAAAUAUCUGCUGAAUGUUACACUGUGACCGAUAUGUUGCUGCUGUUUCUAAUGUUCUAGCACCAGCACUGCAGUACAGGAGUGUACUGAUGAGCUUAUUCUGGAAGUCUGUUCCUGAGUGCUCCUCUCCCCCAGCCUCAGUGUUUGACUGCAUGUACAAGGAGACUUCAGAAGGGAAGAAAAAAGAAUCUGUUUCAUAUAUAUUGAGCUUAUUACAGGUGGACCACAGGUCCCAUUUUUAAAAAGUGCAUGUCAAAGGGGGCAGUCUGACCUUUAGGCCUCAUAGUUUUUUAUUUAAGUAUCCAGUCACAUGACAGGAGCACUCACACCUCGGAUUCUGUCCAAUCAGCUCGUUGAAAAUGGAGCGAUCCUGGAGUUUACCUGCCUUCACUUUCCACUGACUGCAGGAAACAGAAACCUCUGUGCAGUGUUGUUUUCUUCACUUCCUCAACAAGAAAUCAAGCAGUCAUGUUCGAUUGAUGCUAAAUAGAUUUUACUUUAAUUACCAAGUUCAGUUUUGGAAAAGGCAAUUCUUGCAACAUCUACAUAGAAUUUAUGUAUGAAUCUCCACGAUGGCCAACAUCAAAUUACUAAACAUUAUGACUAUAACUACAAGUAUAUAAUAUCAUCAUGUGAAUAAAACAAAAGUCAAAUAUGAAACAUACGCAUCUAAAAUAAGCAAUUAUUACAUCUCAACUAUGAAAUGUCAUUUUUUCAUCUCUUAUUUUCAUUUUUCAUUUUAGUUUUAUUGGAAUUCAGUUUAUUAUAGAAAUAUAUUUAUUUCCAAAUGCCCUUUUCCAAAAGUCUAUUUUCAUUUAAUUAUUGUAUUUUUUUCCCCUAACAGAAAAAUGCUGUUAAGUUAAAAAUAGACAUUAAAAAAAAGUUCAUUUUGAUGGAACAAUAGCUAUAAUAAACUGAAAUUCACAUAAAACCAUGCUAUAGUGCAAUAAUAAUAUGAAAAUCAGAAUGAUCAAAUGACAUUGAGCUCAGUGUUCAUAAGCUGAUUAAUUGUUUCAAGCAUUAUUGGUUCAUUUAUUCAAUGUAAGUUCUCAUUAUAACAUCCCAUAAUUAUGACAGGAAAUGUAUUAGUUCAAAUAUAAUAUGGGCCAUCAUUUCAGGUGACUUCAGUCUAUUUAGGAAUGAUUAUAGCAACAGAAGCAGCUCUGCCAUCAUACAGGAACACACACUGUGAGAUAAGUGCUCAGCGAACACUCCUUAUUACAACACUGCCAGUCACUGUCUGUCUCCAUGACCUGAACACAUCACAGUGCUGCUGACUCGACCAGACACUCAGCAGGUCACAUGACUAUCUCUCUUCUCUGGACUGCUCACACAUGUUCACACUUACACUUUCCAGAAUGUCUGAUUUUAUUGAUUGGCAACAUCAGUUGCUCACAGCUUUUAAAUGUCAGACACUGUGGUGAAUUAUUAUCGUUAUUAUUAUUGAUUGAAUAAGUGCAUUUAAUCAGCUGCACUCUGUUCUAGAAUGACAGUCUGUGUUUAUGUAGAUUCCUGUGAGGUAUCUGCAUCCAGCCAACUGUCUGAUGCGGUUUUUAUUACAUCAUGUCUUUAUCCUACAUUAUAUCCUUUGAUCAUAUCCUUUAUUACCAAAAGAUUCUCUUCUAAUACUGCAGAUAUUUUAUUAACACUAUUUUUGAUUGUUUAAGCUUAGUGUGCAUUUUACAGAUCAUUUAUAUUGUCCUAUUUUACAUCUUUUUUGGAAUAUCUAAGGCUGCUUACAAAUAAUGAGAUGAAGCUGCAAAUAAUGGAAAUUCAACAA